CGGGGAUUGGUUUUUGUCGAAUGAAUCUGGGAAGGAAGCUGUCUCUUCCUCUCCCUUUGCCAUCGCCUCCUCGUCCUUCCCUUUCUCUUUCCUUGCAGCACGACACUUGCAUCGGCCGAACCAGAAACUCGGAGUCGAUCCAUGGGCGUCACCGACACCGGCCGAGCCCAAGAGGUCAAGCAAUUCGACGAAUCCAAGCUCGGAGUCAAAGGCGUCGUCGACUCCGGUCUCACCUCCAUCCCUCCCCUAUUCAUCCACCCGCCCGAGACCCUCUCUGACCUCGGGCCCGCCUGGCCCAGCUCCGACUCGAUCCCCACCAUUGACCUCUCCAGCUGCGACUCCGGGCACCGUCCCUCCGUCGUCGAGGAAGUGGGGCGCGCGGCUCGCGGGCCCGGCUUCUUCCAGGUAGAGGUCCUGGACCGGAUGAUCGCUGCGGUGAAGGCCUUCCACGAGCAGCCAGCGGAGGCGAAGGUGAGGAUCUACCGGAGGGAGAUAGCGACCGGGGUCGCGUUCUUCUCCAACUUCGACUUGUUCCACUCCAAAGCGGCUAGCUGGAGGGACACACUCCAGAUAAGGCUAGAGCUGAAAGGGGAGAUGGAAGAGAUCCCCGAGGUGUGUAAAAAUGAGGUGAUGGAAUGGGAUCAGCAGGUCCGGCGGCUAGGAGGCCUCCUGAUGGGAUUGUUGAGCGAGGGGCUAGGAUUGAGUCCAGGCAAGCUACAAGAAUUGACGUUCUUGGAGACGAGGGCCUUGGACCAGGUCGGCGGGUUGCAAGUGAAGCACGACAAUGAGUGGGUGGAUGUGACACCAGUCCCGGGUGCUCUGGUUGUGAACAUCGGCGACAUCCUCCAGAUCAUGUCCAAUGACGAGUACAAAAGCGUGGACCACCGGGUGUUGGCCAACCCUAACCAAGAGCCACGUGUGUCGAUAGCAGUUUUCUACAACCCAAGCAAUCGCGACAAUGAGUUCAGACCAUUCCCAGAGCUCAUAUCCUCAGAUAAACCCGCUGCUUUCCGACAAUUCAACCUCAACGAGUACAUGAGGAGAUUCUUCAUAAAGGAGUUGGAGGGGAAAAGUUUGAUAAAUUACUUCAGGGCAUGAGCGAGAGGUGCAUAUGCCCAAAAAUACUUCCUUGUGGCACUUAAGGAAACAUGUGAUUCUUCCCCUAAAUCCUAUGAAUUGUUAAAACAUAUGGACUAUUUAGAUUGUAUGGUACUAUGUUCUAUUAUUCAAAUCAACUUAUUUCAAAUGUAACUUUCAUGU